AGACUUCCUGUGGGACCGAGCGUGUGUGUGCGUGAGUGUUCACUAGAGACACAGUCGAGGAGAGAACCACCUGCUCCAAUUUGGAUUUAUCUGAAUUUCUGACUGAAAAAAGCUGUUUAGUAUAAAUAACAUCUUUUUAGAGCUUUUUUACAGAUUUGACCCAAACAUCAAAAUAUCAACAAAUAGACAAUAAGGUCAUAAAGGAUGGCAUUUCAGGCCGUGAUCUUCGUCCUCCUCAUGUUUGCAGCCACCGUGAAGACUCAAGAAGGAGGAGUGGAUUUCCAGAAUGAAAAAGUCAUAUUAACCUGUCCUGGAAUUGGAGACUGGUAUAAGGGAGAUAAAAAGAUUCCUCGUUCAGAAACAAGCAAUUCAUACGACUUUGAAUACGAACAAGGACAAUACAAAUGUCACUACAAUGGAGAAAACUAUCACUUCUAUGUCAGAGGAAGGACCUGUAAAAACUGCAUUGAACUGAAGGGAGAGUACUUCAUAGCGAUCAUCUUUGCAGAUGCAAUCGGGAGCAUUGUUGUGAUGGUGAUAAUCUACAGGUGCUGCAAGAAGAAAAGCUCAGCUGAGCCACCCCCCGUGGCCCAACAGCGUUCAAAACCAGCGAAGAAUCGGGCUGCAUAUCCCGAAGACUCAGCCUAUGAGAGGCUCAACCCAACCACUCGAGUCACGGACACCUACUCUACUGUGGUGACCGGAGGUACAGGAAGCAGAACCGGAUAAAGACCUCUCCAAAUAUUAGACGAUACAUUUCCAAUUUUUUAACUCCUCGUACAGGUGUGAUGCAGGCAUUAGUAAGACCAGUCGAGAGAGUUUAACUUUUGAAUUACUGCAAAUGUCCCGUUUCUUAAAGGCCAUCAUACUAAAAUGUAGGGAUUCCAUCUACAAACUGAAGCCAAACAACCUUGAAACAUUAAAACUGAACCAACAAAUGUUGUCAGCUCUAUUAUCUCUUAACAGUCUGUGCACCACCUGUUCACUGAGGUGCUUUGGUUUGAUGGUGACGAUAUGACCAUAGUCUGCUGUGAGCCUUUAUGCAGCUAGAGAUGAACUGAGAUCAUUUUGUUUGCUGAUAAAGAACAAAUCAUUUAAUUAUACAAACCUCAGAAUGUAAAAGUUGGAUUUCUUUUACCAUUACCACUUUUUUUGUGCCGGUAUUGUUUCCCGUUAAGAGCCUUUUCAUGCAGUCUACUGUAGAUAUAUUGCUUUGAAUAUUCAAACUCAUUAUUGGCUUUGAUAACUUCUGUAUGAUCAAACUGAAAUAUAUAUAUGCUUUGUUUUCUUGUUGUUUAUUAAUAUAAAUGUGUACUAAUGUCGAUGCUUACAUUUUGCUUAUAUUUCAUUUCCUUUUUAGAUUUCUGAUUUUAUUCAGAUGUUUUUGGAUUUGUACGGGUGUUAAGUGUCUUUUGUUU